AUCAACAAGGUUGAAAAUGAUUUCCCUCUUUCUUCUAACCAAUCAUUUAUUGAUAUAUAUAUAGCUCUAUCAAACUGGACAAACCAAACAUUUUCUCUCCAUGUUCUAGGAAAAAUGCCUGAGUGCCAUUCUGCAGAACUUCCUAUUCUAGAUAUCUCUCAGCCACUACAGCCGUCUGCUCUGGCUUCACUGGCUGAAGCUUGCCAAGAAUGGGGAUUUUUUCGUAUUAGCAACCAUGGAAUCUCCAAAGAGCUUUACAACAAACUCUAUUCACUUUCACAGCAACUCUUCGGCCUCCCUGCUGAGACAAAACUCGAACUUGGUCCCUCUUCUUCCAUAAACACUUACACUCCUCAUUUCAUUGCUUCUCCUUUCUUUGAGUGCCUCCGAGUUUUUGGACCAAACUUCUUUGCAUCUGCCCAGAGUUCCGCAGAUACCCUUUUUGGCCAACAGAGUUUUGAAUUCAGAGCGGCACUACAAGAAUAUGGGACCAAGAUGACAGAAUUAUCGAAGAGAAUCGUGGAGAUUUUAUCGAUGAGUUUGGGGGAGGGUUUUGACAAUAAGUAUUAUGAGUCAGAAUUCAAAAAUUGCCAUGGUUAUCUGAGGAUUAUUAAUUACAAUCCUCCGAAAGGUUUGGUAGAUGAGGUCGAGGGACUUGGAAUGCAUACAGACAUGAGUUGUGUUACCAUCGUAUACCAGGAUGAAGUCGGUGGCCUGCAGGUGAAAUCCAGGGAAGGGAAAUGGAUGGAUAUAAGUCCAGGUGAGGAAACCUUGGUGGUAAACAUAGGAGAUUUGUUGCAAGCUUGGAGCAAUGAUAAAUUAAGAUCAUCAGAACACCGAAUCGUUUUGAAGAAGCCAGUUAACCGUCUUUCUCUUGCCUUUUUUUGGUGCUUCGAGGAUGAGAAGGUCAUCAUGGCACCAAAUGAAGUAGUAGGAGAAGGAAAUGCGAGAAUCUAUGAGCCCUUUGUUUGUUCAGAUUAUUUGAAGUUCAGAGAGAGCAGUGAAAGAGGGAAGUUUGAAAAGGUUGGCUUCACUGUUAAGGAUUUUGCUGGUAUUAGUCUCUGAAAGUCAUGGCUAAAAAAUCCAAGUUCAAGUUCUUCCCCGUGUAUCUGGUCAUAUUACUGGUAAUCUUUUAUUUCUGAAGUUAGGAUCUUAAAGUUGGUAGUUUAUGUCAGAUAUCUCCAGCAAUCGCCUUUCUUAACUUUUAAGCUCUUAGUCAGUGAAUGGUUUGUCUUGAGGGAUUUCAAGUUCGAGGUGAAGAAGCCAACAAAAUAGGGGUUAGCUGAGUCUGAGAGCAAUGACCUGUUGGUAGUUAAUGUCGAAGAGGUUGUACAGUUGGAGUUCCAACUUCCAACUAUGUGUUCGUGUAUUAUAUAAUUCUUGUAUUUAUGGGCCUAUCAAUAAAUGGAGAUACAAUAAUGGCCAACUCCAAAAGAAUCUAGAAGUUUUAAUGGAUUUGUUCUUGACAGAUCA